AGACUGCCCCAUGUUCUGAAGCUUUUUUUUGGGCAGUUGACAAGCGGUCCAAGAGUUGCGGAUGCUUCCACUGCCUUGGCUGCUACGAGGAAGUGGUGGCGGAGAAGUCAGUUGCUCUUCGAAUACAAUGUAGAAAUUGCACUUCAGUCUUCAGUGAGCUGUCGAGGAGAUUCAAUGAGUAGCCGUCCAGGCAUAAUCCCGUACUUCAUACUGGCAAUAUAAAUUACUGAAGGAUCUUUGCCAACGCAACCCGACGACACAUUGUCCUUGGCUUUAUCAUUCUGGUUCAACAGCCCUGGUGCUGUCUGUCCCAUUUACAAGUACUGGUAGUAGGUGGAAUCCACUGUGAUCUCUAUUCUUCUGCCAUCGCAUAUCGACGUAGCUGUUUUGCUGAACCAGGAGUAGAUCUACGCGGUGACCUUGUGCUGUAGUGUUCUCCACUGGGAUUUUCGAGAACUGGUGGUUGGAUGGCUGGUGUUCCUGAUGUGUCGCAUUUGCCAAGUUUACCCCCUGGCUAUGAGGAUGCAAUUGAGCGUUGCAAUGUCGUCGGAGGAGUUCAAAACCUUCCUCAGCGUGAUAACAUGACCACCGGUGGCCAGUCUUCAUCAGCUGUGCUCACUGUUGAUGGAGAUGAGCUGACCAGAGGACAGAAUGUGGCCAGUACGGUCAAGGCACCAUCGCUUAUUAUCACUCCGGAAACGGAGGAGCAUCGGGCAGCGGCUGUCCUGCACGAAAGCCGGUGGCUGAUGGAAGAAGCCUUGUCAAUAGACGAUGCCGAGAGUCUGUUGCGCGCUUGCGGUUCCGACGGAUCUUUCGUCAUCACAGGAACAUCCUCUCCGAACAUGUAUGCCUUGUACUGCCGGCGAGUCACUGGUGAUGGUGCAGUGGAUAGCGUGGAGAACAUGAGUAUUGAGAAGACGGAGAGCGGGUCUUUCCAGUGGCGUGGACAGGGAGAGUUCUUAACCUUGUCUGAGUGUGCGGCAAGAUUUCUGCAUCUCAAUCCUCACAAGCACUGCCCCAUGUUUGCCAAUCGCCGCGUGUGGUCUAACUUCAGUUCCAUGUUCACUGGGGAUGUGGAGACUGGCUUUGAGCUCAUGUCUGACCGAAGCGAGCAGCAGCAGCUGGAAAGCGGCACAGCUCUACACAACACUAUCCACCAGAAUGAUUGGUUUUUCCCAGCACUCAGUGAGGAGCAGGCCGCUUACAUGUUAAAUCAACAUGGGCGAUCAAACUGCUUCGUCGUCAGCAAUCGGAAACAGUCGGAGAACUAUAUUCUCAGCACAAGGCAAGCUAUACCUGGUGUUGAGCAAGAUAUUAUUGAGCACUUGAAAGUGACGAAGAUCAUGGAUGGUAUAUUUCAGAUGGCUGGAGAUGAUGAUUUCCACCAGCACCUGGAUGCGGUUGUGAAAUCGUACCGCGAGUCUAACCCCACCAUGCUCCCCCUGUUUGCCAGGUCACAUAGCAGAGCAUCAGACCUGCAGUCACUGAGUGCAGCCAGUUUGUGUCCAGAUGGUGAUGAUGAGCAAAUGGUUGUGCCACCCGAAUACAAUGAAGCAAGUGUCAUGCCGAACCCAGAUGAACUGACUCGUCUUCCAACAGUAGCUGCACUAACAGUACCUGAUGGCGACGUUGACGCCACCACCACCACUGGCGCCAGUUCUGAAGGCAAUUCUACUGCAGGAAACACCAAUGGAAGUUCUGCACCAAGAACAGGAAGCGGCAGGUCGACGGAGAAGUGCUGCGUUAUCCUGUAGUCGUAGAUGUAGUAGCAGCAGUUGCUGUCGGCUUCUGCUUCCCGUUCCUUUCACCACUGCUCACCAUCAUCAACCUCUAGUUCCCAGCCUCCACAUGAUAGCAUUUGUAGGUGAUGUGUGUGUGUGUGUGCUUGUUCAUUAGUACUGUUGGAUCUUGUCACCACCGUUCGCUCUCCCUGAUCACGUUGCGCAUAAGUUAUGUGUACCGUUUGGUCUUGCCCUGGUUUCCGCGCACCUUGAAACAUGCGGGUGUGCACCGGCUGAUGAACGAUGCCCGUACAGUGCUCGCCAUGUCUUUCGCCGACACAUAGUCUACUAUAGGCUCGGUCUGUUUCAGUUGGCCGGAUUGAAAGUGUUUGUGUUAGUCGUGUGUGCGUGUGUGUGUGUGCGCGUUUUACUCUCCCCGGUUGGUCGCCCUCGCAGGCAUCAGACCACCGGUGUUGCACUGUCACACAUAUAUAAUGAUGUGCCUAUUCUACUUAUCCUCCCCUCCCCCCCCCCCCCCCCCCCCCCCUCUCGUCUUGUCAGCUGUUGAUCUGCUUUGACUCUUUGACCUAUACUAACUUAUUCACCACCGCUAGUUUGCCCCACCCUACCCUCCACAUCUCUACUCUAUUCACUUCCUAUAGUUUCCACGCUUGUUCCAAGCCGACGCUUGUGUCGACAAUCCAGCACUUGUCUCAUAUGUUGAGCCAGUGAACCGUGCAUCUUUGGGUGGCCUUGCAAACAUGAUGAAUGAUGAUGAUGAUGAUGAUGAUGAUGAAUGAUGCUGUCAUGGUGCAAGUGAGUAACGUAAAGUUUACGCGCAGAUCUAAAUAAGGCUCGUGUGUUGUGGCCUGUGACCGACCUCGUACGGACCACCCUCUUUCUUGACAGUGAUUUUGAUGAUGUCAUUGUUUGAUUGCAUAUAGUUAUCCUUUGAUGAUGUCAUUGUUUGAUUGCUUAGUUAUUCUUUGAUGAUGAUGUCAUCGUUUGACUGCAUGUUGUUCUUUGAUGAUGUCUCGUUUGACUGCAUGUUAUUCUUUGAUGAUGUCAUAGUCUGAUUGCCUAGUUAUAGCUUUAACGUUAGUAACUCUAUUGCCGUAAGCGACCAGACUCCCCUUCGCCACAUUUUCUAUUUAUUCGCUUUUUUCCUCUUCGGAUUUCCCUCGUUUCUUCCUCUAUUCUUUUACCUCUACCUAAUACUUAUACAUCAUACAUCAUGUAGUGAUAGAAUAAUAUUCCCAUGACAGCGAGGGAGCAGCAUUUCUAGCGGCACUGCAUGGCAUAUUGUUCUGCGUUUUUUAUUCGCAUCUUUCUUAGCAUUUGAAUUUAGGAGUUUCAUGUGCGUUCUGACCAUAUUUCUCUCUCUCUCUCUCUCUCUCUCUCUCUCUCUCUCUCUCUCUCUCUCUCUCUCUCUCUCUCUCUCUCUCUCUCUCUCUAUUUUGGCUUCUUUUAUGAACGUUGCAGUAUAGUAAGUGUGUGUGUAUGCACGGCAUGCCAUGUAGCUGCUCUGUUCUGUGCAGGAUGUGCUGCUGUUAUGACUUUUUGUACUUCAAGGCUAGCUUACUGGUUGAUAUAGCUUUUUUUUUACUACUAUUGAAAGUCACACCUCAGCGCUUUUCUGGGUUGUGUGUGCAGUGAGUGGUGGGAUGCUUGCUACUGCUGGCUGCUGGUAUCA